AUGUCGACCGCUGUCGCUCCAGCGGUGGUUGCGCCACUGCCACCUCUGGAUCGAAACCCAAGCCCAAGAAGCUAUCCGCCUUUGGCUCCUUCGAUCAAUGCGACGCCCGUCUCCAGAACUUCGGAGUUUAUGACUACACCAGAAGCGAACAACGGGAUGAACGUGAAUGAGAGAGCAUCGGGUGACGGGAAAAGAUCUCCAAGAUCAAGGAGCGGCGGAAACCCCAAGAUCGUGGUGAAGAAGGAGCCUCCAGCAUCUCCUUCGCUCCAACCCAGCACCCGUCACAGGCCGAAAAAACUGGAUCUGAAUACGAACACGUCGAUUUCUAAUGGCCUCAACUCACGACCUUCCGCAACGCCCUUGACGGCACGGGACGGCCUGGUAUUGCACGAUGUCGGUUUGGCCUGCUUGUCGCCGGGGUUUCAGACUCAGGACCCUGCGAUGCGAGAACAAUUGGAGCGAAGUAUAUCCGUCCGGGACCAACAACGGUCGAUCAUCCAGGCAAGACUACUCAAAUCUGCUCGAGGCGAUGGGCCGGACUCGGGAAAAACCAGUGAAACUGCUGGCCCAACAUCUGGCAAAAUGAUCGCGGCCGGUUCCAAGAAGAGACCGCCACCUGGUCUAUCCAUCGUACCGCCUGCUGCUGAGCGCUUCGCCAAUGAACGCGUGAUCCAAUCUGCACCAUUGAACCAGACCUUCACUGGCCGGCACGAGCCUCCACCACAUUCUCGACAGCUCAACAACCAGCCUCCUGCGAACGCACAGCACGCUAACAUCUCACACAUGCCUGCGAUUCAAACUAACAAUCGGCUGCCUCCUAUUGCAGACGUCUUCGGACCCAAUGAACUCAACUCGGGUGCGGCUCGUCCACCCUUCCUCCAUGCAAACUCGACUCCAUCGCAAAUGCAUGGCCCUCCUCUGCCAUCCCCUGGGUUCCCUCCGCAGACCGCUCAUCCAACCUCUCAGCCUCAGCCUCCCAGCUUCGAUCGACCUAGGGAUUACAGAUCUGCUGAAGAGGCUGUUCACGAGAUGACGGGAGGUCGAGAGGACCUGUUGCCGAAGAUUGUCCAUUACGGGGGCCACCAACCUCCAACGCCGCCUUCGCCACACCCAGGGCACCGGGAUAAUCUCACCCCACACAAGUAUCAGCCCAACAAUCAUCCCACCAGCAGACGGAGGAGUCGUAACGAAUAUGAAGAGGGCAGCAGUCCACCUUUGGGUUCUGGGCCAGACCGAAUCCGAUACCACGGUCCCUUUGGUGAAGGUAGAGACAGCCCUGCUACUCAAAGAGCGAAGAAGGAGGAGUUUCUGAGUCUGUGCUCGAGAGCUUGGGAUCUCUUCCAUUCUUGA